AUGUAUUUCUUCCUACGUAAUUUCUCUUUCCUGGAAAUUUCAUUCACAAGUGCUUGUUUCCCCAGAUUCCUAAUCACCAUUGUAACCAGAGAAAAGACCAUUUCCUAUAAUGAUUGUAUAUCUCAGUUAUUUUUCUACAUAUUAUUGGGGAUUAUAGAAUUUUUCCUUCUGGCAGCUAUGUCCUAUGACCGCUAUGUUGCCAUCUGUAAACCUUUGCAUUAUACAUCUAUCAUGAACAGCAGAAUUUGUCAUCAGCUUGUACUCAGUUCUUGGGUAACUGAAUUCCUGGUCAUUUUCCCUCCACUGAUCUUAAUUCUUAACCUGGAUUUCUGUGCCUCAAACAUCAUUGAUCAUUUCAUUUGUGACAUUUCUCCUGUCCUGCAACUUUCUUGCUCAGACACACAUUUACUAGAACUGAUUGCUUUUUUCUUAGCUGUGAUGAUCCUCAUUGUCACAUUGUUCUUAGUAAUCCUUUCUUACUCUUAUAUCAUCAAGAAAAUUCUAAAAUUCCCUUCAAUUAAGCAAAAGAAAAAAGCCCUUUCUACCUGCUCUUCUCACAUGAUUAUUGUAUCCAUCAGUUAUGGUAGUUGUAUAUUUAUGUACAUAAAGCCAUCUGCAAAUGAGUUACUUCAAGCAAAGGAGUAG